CUCCUCCUCCUCCUCCCUGUGUGAGGAGCAGUGGAGGAGUGUCGGACCUGAGAGGAGAAGCAGCUCACAGUUUUUGCUUCAGUCUGUGUGAUAUAAAUUAAAUCAUGGGAGCCAACGACCUCAAAAUGAACCCUGACCCCGCGGAGUUUCGCCCCCCCGCCCGACACCGGAGUCUCUUCUACAGCGUCAAGUUCUUCGUGUUUUGCCACAGUUUGCUGCAGUUGGCUCAGUUGUUGGUGUCGGGCUACAUGAAGAGCUCCAUCUCCACCAUCGAGAGACGCUACGGCUUCAACAGCCAGAAGUCGGGACUCCUGGCUUCUUUCAACGAGGUGGGGAACACGAUCCUCAUCGUGUUCGUGAGUUUCUUGGGGAGUCAGGUCCACCGGCCGCGGUGCAUCGGCGGCGGCGCUCUGCUGGCGUGUCUCGCCUCGCUGAUCAUGUCGCUGCCGCACUUCCUGGGAGGGAAGUACGAGUACACAGACAGCAUUAACUCUUCCGGUGUUAACAGCUCCAGCCUCUGCCAAUCAGAGAGCCCCGUCUCCACCUCCUCGUCCAAUCAGAGCUGCAGCGGGCAGCAGGGCGGGGCCCAGCAGGGGGUCUACCCUCUUCUCCUGAUGGGGCAGCUGCUGCUGGGCAUCGGAGCCGUGCCCAUCCAGCCCUUCGGCAUCUCGUACAUCGACGACCACGCCAGCAGGAAGAACUCCCCGCUGUACCUCGGCAUCCUGCUCGCUGUGACCUCCAUCGGCCCGGCGUUCGGCUUCAUCAGCGGCUCCUUGAUGCUGCGCUUUUAUGUCGACUUUGACAAGUUGUCCGAAGAGCAGAUCCAGUUGGAACAUGAGGAUCUUCGCUGGGUCGGCGCCUGGUGGCUCGGCUUCCUCGUGGCGUCCGGCCUCCUCUUCCUCGCCGCGCUGCCGUACCUCUUCUUCCCCCGAAGCAUCCCCAAAGAGGACGAGGACGAGGACGUGGAGUCGACGGCGGACUGCAAGCAGCAGCUUCAGCAGACUGACUCGGAAACGUCUCUCCUCCAGUUCCUCAAAAGUUUCCCUCGUAUCGCCCUGCGGACGCUGCGCAGCCCCAUCUACCUGCUGGUGGUUCUGGCUCAGGUGAACCUGGCGGCGCUGCUGGCCGGCCUCGCCACCUUCAUGUCCAAAUUCAUCGAGAGACAAUUCACCCAGACCGUCUCCUUCUCCGUCAUGAUGAUAGGAGGAGUCUGCAUCCCGCUGGCGGUGCUGGGAACCGUGCUCGGCGGCGUCCUGAUGCGGAGGUUGAGUCUCUCGGUGGGCGGAGCCAGUAAACUCUGCACCGCGGCCAUCUUCCUCUGCAUCCUGUCCUCCAUACCGCUGCUGUUCAUUGGCUGCUCAACUCAGAAGGUCGCUGAGGUCUUUCCUCAAGGCAGUGCUGCGUUGUCGUGCAGCGCCGGCUGUAGGUGUCCGGCGGAGGCCUUUAACCCGGUCUGCGGUUCUGACGGCGUUGAGUUCAGGUCCCCCUGCCACGCCGGCUGCAGCAACGUACAGAUUGACGCCAGCAACAAACCUACCAACUACACUGAGUGUGGGUGUGUCGGGGGUCUCGGCGUCGCCUCUCCGGGGACUUGUGGCAGUGGAUGCUCAAACCUCCUGCUCCCCUUCGUGGCUCUGCUGGGCGUCACCAGCUUCAUCGCCUCCUUCUCCCAGACGCCCUCCGUCAUGAUGAUCCUCAGGACGGUGCCUGCGGAGGACAAGUCGUUCGCAGUGGGGGUGCAGUACAUGCUGUUCAGAGUGCUCGCGUUCAUGCCCGGCCCGGUGUUGUACGGCAGCGUCAUCGACAGUACCUGCAUCUCGUGGGGCAGGAAGUGUGACAAGAAGACUUCCUGUCAGUACUACGACCUGGACCACUUCAGGCAGAGGUUUCUGGGUCUGCAGGUGGUCUUUGUGUGCGGCGCGCUGCUCUGCUUCCUGCUGACCAUGGUGGUCCUGCGCCGGAGGGCCGGGCAGCUGAAGACGGAGGGUGACGGAGUGAAGGGAGCGUAUGCGAUGGUGAGCGCUUCGUCUAAAGAGAAGGAGGGCAUCAAAACCUGAAGACACAGCGAGAGGAAGCAGGGACAUAAAGACGCUGAACGAAGCAGAACAAGAGUUCAGAGAGAAUGCUAGCGGUGAAGCUGCUACGCUAACUAACUGCAGCUCAUGUAAAGGAUCUGUCGGCCUGUAUAAUCAGACUCUCUCAUGUUGUGUUGUUUCACUAACGCUCACGCUCCAGUGGAUGUACAUAAGCUGAUCAAUGUAUUGGGACAAAGACGAUGUAUUAACCUCCCGCUCGUUGUACUCACGGAUAUAAUCUCUUUAUAUUCGCUUUUCUGGGUUUUCAAGUUCAGCUUUUAGUUUAUUUUAACUCCUCCAAGACUCAAGUUACUUCAGUCGGGCUCUUGGUGUUGAGGCGGUUGCACCAAACUUGUCUAAGCCACCAUAAAGAAAGCAGCGCCCUCACUGGAGGCUCGGCCAUUCAGUCUCAGUGCUGGAUGCUAGCCGCUGUUAUAGCAUCGCUGUGAAGCUAGCCGUGCUAACCCUGCAGAGUCUCCAUCUGGAGCUCUUACACAAUGACUUGCUUCUGACAGCUCCCAAAAAGAUGCCGCAUAUUUUUUUAAACAGUCAAUGUUUCUGUAAAUAUUUGUUUGUAUACGAAAUGAAACGUCAUAAGGGUAUUUCUUUCUACAUGGCUGUGUGCAGGCGACUCGGUUCAGAAAGCUUGUUUACAUCAAAUUAGUGUGAUAAACAUGAACCCUCUGUCUGUGAAAGAAGACACACGUGGAAGCACUCUCACUCUCACUCUCACUCUCACUGUCACUGUCACUCUCACUCUCACUCUCACUCUCACUCUCACUCUCACUCUCACUCUCACUCUCACUCUCACUCUCACUGUCACUGUCACUCUCACUCUCACUCUCACUCUCACUCUCACUCUCACUCUCACUGUCACUCUCACUCUCACUCUCACUCUCACUCUCACUCUCACUCUCACUCUCACUGUCACGCUCACUCUCACUGUCACAUUGAUGUGAUUCUUCAACUGUCCUUAUUUUAGUCAAAACUUGUAUUUUUGUAUUUUUUUCAUUGGACAUUGAAGCAUGCAUAGAUUUUAGUUUAGUCAUUUUAUAAAUAUAUAAUAACUGUUGAUUUCUCAGAGUGUAUGUCUGGUUUUAAUCUGCUCCACUUCUAAACUCUGAAAUUCACUUUCAAAGCUAUUUUUUUAUUAAUCUAAAGCUGUGAAAAAUGUUGUCUGAGGGAUUUUUAAUAAACUUAAAAACAUUG